CAAUUAGAUCUUCGUUUCUUUUUCUGAUAUUUUCUGAAUUCUUUUUCUCUCUCCUAUCUUAAUCAGCAUUUUUGUAAAAGUGAAUCCGAAAUAUAAAAUGGCCCGUUGGACGCGAGUGACAGGUAAAAACUUUUAGAGAUAGCGCCGUCAUCGACCGCCAGACUUUCUCCUUUGCCAUCAGUGUUUCGCAACCAGUUAGCACUGAGACACAAUUUCAGUGCUAGUGUCGACAGAAAAACAAAUUGAAAUAUAUUCUUGAAAUAUUCCAAUAGUGCUCCAGCUUCCGGCUGAUAUUAAUUUCUUGGUAAUUAAUUUUACUAUCGUUUUUACAACAUAAAAAGAGAUAAAGAUAAAUGAGGAAAGACAAAAUGACUAGAAAGCGAGAAAGACGAAGAGAAAAAUGAAGAGUUACUUUUCAAAUUGUAAAUCGGUAGAAAACUUUUAAAAGCAGAAAUGUUAUUAACAUUAUUAUUGGGAUGUUUUUUUCUUGUAUUUGGGAACUGUAUAUUACCAGAACCACAGUCUACAUGUCCGAAAGAAAGUAUAUACAUAUAUCCAUGCAUAUGCGUACAUAAUAGUAAUUAUGGAAUUCGUGUGAAAUGUGAGAAUACAAAUUUAGCAACCUUAAGUAUAGCUUUUCUUAAUCUUGGAAAUGAAAGACUACCCAUUGAAGAACUAAUCAUUUAUAAAUGUAAUAUUGUACGUUUUUAUGGCCCUGCUCUUUAUCCAUUAAAUGUUCGAAUUCUUAAGUUCGUUGACACUCCAUUAAAAUUUAUAGAAGAACACAGUUUUCUUGGCGUAAAUCGAACUUUACAAGAACUUCAUUUAAUAAAUAGUGUAUUAGAAAAAUUUCCCAGAGAAGCAACUCAAAUUUUAGGAAACCUUACAGUGUUAAAUAUUAGAGGACAUAAAAUAAACGAAUUGCAAAGUAACAUUUUUUUAGAAAGCCUACUUGCUCACAAAAUUGAACGACUUGAAAUUAGCAAUGGUACCUUAAAUUCACUGUUAGUUGAGACUUUGAAACCGUUACAAAAAUUAAAGUGGCUUGAUUUACAUGGAAAUCAACUAAUAGUUUUAAAAAAAAAUCAAUUUAAAGGGUUAAAAUAUAUUGAAUAUUUAGAUUUGUCUCACAAUUUAAUUAAUAAGCUUGAUUCUUCUCAUAUUGGAGAUCUCACAAAUAUGGCAUGGUUCAAUUUAUCACAUAAUGCAAUUUCUGAUUUGAAAAGAGGGACAUUUGCAAGAAAUUCUUUAUUGAAAUUACUGAAUUUAAAUAGUAAUAAAAUAAGUAAAAUUGAUUCCAGCUCUUUCAGAGGAAUGCGGUUAAUGAGACGAUUACAUUUGAAUAAUAAUCGUAUAUUCGAUAUCGGCCGAGGAACAUUCGGAACUAUGACUAGACUCGGCACAAUUGAUUUAUCAAAAAAUAUGAUAAAAAAAAUUGAUUAUUUAAUGUUUAACAAACUGCAGUAUGUUGAGCAUAUAGAUAUAUCAGAAAAUCAAGUAACAAUUGUUGAGAAAUCAGCCUUCAAGGAUUUGUAUUCAACUACUAUGAAUCUUUCAUUCAAUGCUAUACAAACAAUCGAAAAUCAUGCUUUCGAAAAUUGUGUUAAUAUUAUAAUACUAGACCUUAGCCAUAAUAAAUUACAAAAUAUUUCAAAAAUGGCAUUUGACAGUGCUACAUAUGCGACAAUGCUGCAAUUAAGCUACAAUUAUUUGACUGCAUUAAAUCAAAUUCCUUUACAAAAUAUGACUGGCUUAAAAAUUCUAAAUGUUUCGCAUAAUUAUAUCCAAACGAUCCCACGGCAGACAUUUCCGAAAUUGUAUGAAUUACAUACAAUUGAUUUAUCUUAUAAUAAUAUAUCUGAUAUUUAUAAUACUAUCUUCCAAACAUUAUUUAAUUUGAGAAUGUUAAAUUUAUCUCAUAAUUCACUGAAUAAAAUUAAACCAUCUACUUUCGGCUCUUUACCCACACUAUUAGAUUUGGAUUUGAGUUAUAAUAAAUUAAAUGAUAUUUCUCGUGAAAGCUUAAUAAAAUUAUUAAGUUGCAGAACAUUAUCUUUAAAACAUAAUGAACUCAAAAAAAUAUUUUUGAUACCGAUAUCGUUGGGAUAUUUAGAUAUUUCGGAAAAUCUGCUUCACGAAAUCCCAAAUAUGAAUGUGUGGCCUUCGAUGAAUGCUUUACUAUCUCUUGAUUUAUCGUAUAAUCGAUUAAGUGACAAUCUUUUUCACGGAAGCUUUGAGAAUUUACUCAGCUUAAGAAUUUUAAAACUUCAAGCUAAUAAUAUAAAUAAACCUCCCUGGGAAGCUCUUAGUUCUUUAACUAGUUUACAAUAUAUAUAUUUACAGGACAAUAAUUUAACAUGUCUACACAAAACAGCUUUUGGUAAAUUAUCGAUACUAUUUGAAUUAAAUCUUGCUAAUAAUCAACUACAUAAUAUAAAUGAAUGUGCAUUUGAAGGUCUUUUACAACUUUUAAAGUUAAACUUAACAAAUAAUCAUAUAAAAAAUAUUCCAAAUGGUGCAUUCAAAGGCCUCGUAUCUCUAAAAAAUUUAGAUCUUUCACAUAAUCUACUAGAAAAGCUAGAUAAUCAAACAAAUGGAUUAUUAGAUGAUUGCCUGUCACUUGAAACAAUUAAUUUAAGUCACAACAAUUUAGAAUUUUUUACAAGUAAAACUUUACCUUAUGAUCCUUGGAUCCCUUACAAAAUAAAGGAAGUUGAUUUAUCAUACAAUAGUAUGUCUGUUUUAAAUGUUGAUCUUACUAUGGGAACUCAAAAAGUUAUUUUUAUGAAUCUUAGUCAUAAUAACAUAUAUGACAUUAAAAAAUAUGUUCUUGGGAAUAUAACUGCGUUACAAACUUUAGACUUGUCUUAUAAUAAAUUAUCUGAUUUAUCUGAUGAUGUUUUCAUAUUGCCAAAAAAUUUAUCGACUUUAAUUAUGAAUCAUAAUUAUUUUAAAUAUUUUCCAUGGAAUCAUAUUGUUAAAAUGUCAAACUUGUUAGUUUUAGAUUUUGAGUACAAUAAUUUUUGCAAUUUCGAUGAAAAUCUUAUGAAGAUUUUAAGAAAUGGAACGAAUCUCAAAUAUACUGGAAAUCCAUUGCAUUGCAACUGCCUUGUGCGACCUUUACGAAGAUGGCUCGACACGUUUACCGAGAUUCCUAAAGAUUGGACGAAUUUAAAAUGUAUGAGUCCGAGUUAUAUUGCCCAUAUGCAAUUGUGGGGUGUUUCAGAAAUGCUAAUGAACUGCAGCGAUAUUGAUAUUUUGAAAGAUCCCAAAUAUGACGUUUCUUCCGACGUUAAAUAUCGAGAUCUGGAGUUUGAUCGUGAUAAAAAUACAUGGGAAAUCUCGUGGUACGUUGUGACACGUAAAGAUACCGGUGAUUUUUACAUAGUAGUCCGAGAACUGGAAUCUAGCAAGAAUAUUUUUGAGAAGGACAUCAUUUAUAAGGAGAGAUCGUUGAAGAUAAGAGAUCUACCAGAUUCCAAUGUAAAGUACGAGCUUUGUAUUCUCGCACGGGAUUCCGUAGGAAAUAUAAAACAUUUUCGUAAAUCACAAUGCAGAAUACUAGAUAAAACAGCUUUCAAGUCAAAUAGCAAACAAUCAACUAUUAAUACUCUACUUGCUGUAAUUCUCAUAGUUUUUAUGAAUCUUUGUUAGAAAGUUAGAAUAAAUUAAAAUAAU